CCAUGGAUAUUUCAAGGAUUUCUAAAUUCUUGCUGAAGCCAUUAGAUUGGUUCGCUCCUAAAAGAAUCAUCUUCAGUGAUGAUGAGCUUUUAGAAUAUCAAGCAUUGACAUAUUUAUCCAAAAAGCAAAUAAUGAAAUUGCAUAAUUUAUUUUGUAGUUUCGAUCCCGAUGUUAGCGAAAGUGAGAAAAACCCUAUCAUACACCAGUCUGUUAUCAUGCAAAGUUUUUCUGAACUGGCUGUCAAUCCUUUCAAAGAUAGAAUUAUGAAAGUGUUUUGUACUGAGGAAGGCUACAUAUCAUUCGAGGAUUUUCUAGAAAUGAUGUCAGCUUUGUCCGAACAGGCCCCAGUUAGUGUUAAAACUUCCUACGCUUUCCGAAUUUAUGAUUUUGAUGACGAUGAUAUGCUUUCAAAAGAAGAUGUCCUAGAAGGUCUAAAAAGAGUAACUCGAAAUCAGCUGUCGAACGAGGAAUGUGAAGAAGUUGUUAACUAUGUGUUUUCUGAAGCUGAUUUAGAUAAUGAUGGCUUUAUCACAUUCCCAGAGUUUGAGCAUUUGAUUGCUAAGUCGCCAGAUUUUGUGCAUUCUUUUCGAAUAAGAGUAUAAAUAAUGUUUUCUGAUAACGUUAUUAUUAAAGAUAGGCCAAUAAAGGUUAUUUCCAAAAUGUAACUCAGACUG